GAUGGCGCUGUAAAGCCCAUGAUUUGUUUUCUAUGGGUGCAAAGUAUGUUUAAGUGCAUUAACCGAACGGCCCAGUUCACCAGAUAUCUCAAGUCAACAGGAAACAGCGUCUGUGUUAACCAAGGUUUUAGGCCGGUGUCAUCCUUACCUCUCAGAAUGACGGAACCGGCUGUGAGGAGGGUGGUCACCGAUAUAAUUCGGUCUCCUGAAGACAGACGGGACUACCGGGGCCUGGAGUUCAAAAACGGACUCAAAGCGAUGCUCAUCAGCGACCCGACGACCGACAAAUCAUCAGCCGCACUGGACGUGCACAUAGGUUCCCUGUCUGACCCAGAGAACAUCUCAGGCCUGGCCCAUUUCUGUGAGCACAUGCUGUUUCUGGGAACAGAAAAAUACCCCAAGGAGAACGAAUACAGCCAGUUCCUCAGCGAGCAUGCAGGAAGCUCCAACGCCUUCACCAGCGGCGAGCACACCAACUAUUACUUCGACGUUUCCCAUGAGCACUUGCAAGGAGCGUUAGACAGGUUUGCCCAGUUCUUCCUGUGCCCUUUGUUCGAUGAGAGCUGUAAGGACCGGGAAGUGAAUGCUGUCGACUCCGAACACGAGAAGAACCUGAUGAAUGACGCCUGGAGGCUGUUUCAGCUGGAGAAAGCCACCGGAAACCCAAACCACCCAUUCAGUAAAUUUGGAACAGGCAACAAACUAACACUUGAAACCAGACCCUCUAAAGAAGGGGUCGAUAUUCGUCAGGAACUGCUGAAGUUUCACUCUACGUAUUAUUCUGCUAAUCUGAUGGGACUCUGCGUGUUGGGAAGAGAGUCUCUUGAUGAAUUAACCACCAUGAUGGAAAACCUGUUUGGAGAAGUGGAAAACAAGAACGUUCCGGUUCCAGAAUUCCCUGAGCAUCCGUUUCAGGAAGAGCACCUUAAACAAUUCUACAAAGUGGUUCCCAUCAAAGACAUUAGGAACCUGUAUGUGACCUUCCCCAUCCCAGACCUGCAGAAGUACUACAAGUCGAACCCAGGCCAUUAUCUGGGACACCUGAUCGGCCACGAAGGACCCGGCAGUUUGUUAUCCGAGCUCAAGACUAAAGGCUGGGUGAACACGCUGGUUGGAGGGCAGAAGGAAGGAGCCAAAGGAUUCAUGUUCUUCAUCAUCAACGUCGACCUGACGGAGGAGGGGCUCUUGCAUGUUGAGGACAUCAUCUUCCACAUGUUCCAGUACAUCCAGAAGCUUCGCACCGAAGGUCCUCAGGAAUGGGUGUUUGACGAAUGCAAGGAUCUCAGUAAAGUCGCCUUCAGGUUUAAGGACAAGGAGCGACCUCGCGGCUACACCUCCAAAGUGGCCGGUUUGCUGCAUUAUUAUCCUCUGGAGGAAGUUCUUGCAGCUGAGUAUCUUCUGGAGGAUUUCAGGCCGGAUCUGAUUGAGAUGGUUCUUGAUAAACUGCGGCCGGAAAACGUCAGAGUUGCAGUGGUGUCGAAGUCCUUCGAAGGGCAGACGGACCGAACUGAGGAGUGGUACGGCACGCAGUACAAGCAGGAAGCCAUCUCUGAAGAAAGCAUCAAGAACUGGGCAAAUGCAGACCUGAACGGCAAAUUCAAGUUGCCGAUGAGAAACGAGUUCAUCCCAACCAACUUUGAGAUUUACCCGCUGGAGAAAGACUCUCCGUCGGUUCCGACUCUAAUCAAGGACACUGCAAUGAGCAAGGUGUGGUUUAAACAAGAUGACAAAUUCUUCCUCCCAAAGGCCUGCCUGAACUUUGAGUUCUUCAGUCGCUACCUUUAUACAGAUCCUGUGCACUGCAACAUGACCUACUUGUUUCUGAGGUUACUGAAGGAUAAUUUAAGAGAGUAUGCAUAUCCAGCCCGCCUGGCCGGGCUUGUCUAUGACACAUCCUCAGUGAUGAAUGCCCUCACACUUUCGGUCAAAGGUUACAACGACAAGCAGCACAUCCUGCUGAAGAAGAUCGUCGAGAAGAUGGCGACCUUCGAGAUCGACGAGAAGCGCUUUGACAUCAUCAAAGAGGCGUACAUGAGAUCUUUGAACAACUUCAGAGCCGAGCAGCCUCACCAGCACGCCAUGUACUACCUCCGCCUGCUGAUGACCGAGGUUGGCUGGACCAAAGACGAGCUCAGAGAGUCGCUCGAUGACGUAACUCUCCCCCGCCUCAGGGCGUUCAUACCUCAGCUGUUGUCACGGUUACACAUCGAGGCUCUGCUCCAUGGCAACAUCACCAAGGAGUCUGCUCUCGGCAUGAUGCAGAUGGUGGAGGACACGCUCAUUGAGCACGCUCACACCAAGCCCCUCCUCCCGAGCCAGCUGAUUCGCUACAGGGAGGUGCAGGUCCCGGACGGUGGCUGGUAUGUUUACCAGCAGAGAAACGAAGUUCACAACCACUGCGGCAUCGAGAUUUACUACCAGACGGACAUGCAGACCACCAACGACAACAUGCUGCUGGAGCUGUUCUGCCAGAUCAUCUCUGAGCCCUGCUUCAACACGCUGAGAACCAAAGAGCAGCUGGGCUACAUCGUGUUCAGUGGGCCCCGCCGAGCCAACGGGGUGCAGGGCCUGCGCUUCAUCAUCCAGUCGGAGAAGGCCCCCCACUACCUGGAGAGCCGGGUGGAGGCGUUCCUGCGCACCAUGGAGAAGGCGCUGGAGGACAUGAGCGAGGAGGCCUUCCAGAAGCACAUCCAGGCCCUGGCCAUCCGCCGCCUGGACAAACCCAAGAAGCUGUCCGCCGAGUGCGCCAAGUACUGGGGGGAGAUCAUCUCCCAGCAGUACAACUUCGACAGAGAUAACAUCGAAGUUGCACAUCUGAAGACGUUGACUAAAGAAAACAUAAUGCAGUUUUACAGAGAGCGGCUCACAGUGGAAGCUGCAAAGAGACACAAAGUGUCCGUUCACGUUCUGUCCAGAGAGAUGGACUCCUGUCCGAUAGUCGGAGAGUUUCCUGCCCAGAACGACGUCAACCUGGCCCCCGCUCCGUCCCUGCCACAGCCGGCAUUGAUUCAGGACAUGACGGAGUUCAAGAGGAGCCUGCCGCUGUUCCCGCUGGUGAAGCCUCACAUCAACUUCAUGGCCGCCAAACUGUGAGCGAGGCCGGAGAAGCUUCGCCUUCCUGAGGUUCCCCUGACCGUGUGUGUGUGGAAUGUGUGUGCAGGCGACACGCCAAUGCACCAGAGGAAGGAGAAGAAGAGAUGCUCAGUAAGCGAAGAACCCCCAAAGUUAGCUGUGGUCAUUUUUUAAACUAGCUGUGACAACCAUAGCGGUCUCACCUCACUCUCACGCUGCAGCGCUGCGUAGGCGAAGUAGAACCACGUUAACCAGAAAACGUUAUGCAGGAGCUUCACUUCACCAGUAGGGGGCGCUUCCCAGUCCAAGUCAGUAGCUCUACCAAGGCACUCCGACGUUUUAUUCAAAUGUACGCAUUUUACGAAGCCUUACUCUGUAGUUUUUAAAGCUUGCUUGGUGAGGGGGUUUUAUCUGUUGGCGCCCUCUGAGGAGACCUGAGUGAAGUCGGCACCGCGACUCAAAUCAGACUAAAUUGGCCUCAAACCUUUGUGCUGCUGUCGUUUUACAGAUAUUAGUAAAUAUUUACAGGCCAACGAGCCCCGACACACAUUUACAAAAUCUCUUCAACUGUAAGUUAUAAAAUUUGGACAUCAGAGAUCAGCUUGCUCCUCCGUACAGUUUAACAAAAAUUAUGU